AGGCAAGCUGAAUGCACUUUCACGUUUCACAACAAGAAAAAAAAUAAUAAGAAAAAAAAAAAACCAACACGAAGAGUGAAGUGAAAACUGAAAAAUUUUAUAUCCAGUGUGUGCGGCAACAAGAAAAAAAGGAAAAUUUAAUUUAUAAAUUUCCCUAAAAAAGACAACACAAUUUGUAUUUAUUUAUGUCAAAUAGUGCAAUUUUUGUUUACUUCAAAAAAACAAAAUCAAAAAAUCUAUAACAUAAACAAUUGAUUGAAAAAAAUUACCUUUUUUUAUAAAAAAAAAGUACAUAUAUAACCAACAAAAAAAAAAAGAAAUAUUCUAAAAAUAUUUACACGCAUCAUUAAACGAAUGAUAGAAAGAGAGAGAAAAAAAAGAUAAAACAGAAACAAAUAAAGUAAAAAAAACAACGUGAAAAUAUCGGAUUUUUGAAAUUCCAAAAACAAAAACACCAAAAAAAGUGUUUUCUGAAAUUAAAAAUAAAUCAAUUUUGUUUUCAUUGUGAAAUCCAUUCGAGAAAUCUGUAAAUAAAAAGUUUUUUUUUUGGAAAACAUUUUUUAAACUUGAGAGAAUGCUCCUCAAAUGCUCGAAUGCAAAUAAUAAUGGGGGACGAAGUAACAAGGCAACAGGAGUCUCAAUCGCCGCCAAGGGAGCGGCCACUGUUGCUGGCAAUGUGUCCAACAGUGGCAGCUCCUCCGCGACGGCCACAAACUCCAGCAAUUUGAACUCGACGAACUCAAUCAUCAAUAACAACACUCCGCCGAAUAGCUCCAGCUCUUCGUCGUCGUCGUCGUCGUCCAACAACAGUGGAACAAGUUUGUCAACUGUUGUAGUUGCUCGUGGAACAGGAAUGCGAAUGACAAUGGCCACAGCUUCCACAAUGACACCAAGAGUACAUAGAAAAGGCUUCCGUAUACCAUCAAAAAGACAUCCUGGCAAAGCGUUACCUGGUAAAUUGCAUUCAAUAUCAAGGGUUGGUCCCGGUAAAAUACCACCUGGUAAACGAAUGCAACAAAGACCACAACCACCACCGUGUGAUAAUUCAAAUGACAGUGGAUUUGGCUUUGACCAACAUGUCGAGGUGCAGAACAAUAAUCAACAUAUGAUUAGAUCCAUGCCAGUAUCAAGAUCAACUCGUAACGAUGCUGAGCAGCACGAUGAAAUCGGUACGGAUGACUCUGAUGAAACAUACACAAUCAUACCAAAUCAUCACUCCAUUCAGAAUCGCAUACAAUAUCGAGCCAAACGUAAAAAGAUCGAAAGAGUCGUUGAACUAGAUAAUGAUGAUGCCUGCAGUGAAGAUGCAUUCAUAAGUCGAAUUGCUGCUUCGGCAACUAUAUCAACAACAAUCAAUAAUAAUCAUAAUGCUUAUGUGCCACCACCACAACCUCAACCAACAACAAAAUAUAUUUCAAAUGGUGCCAGAUCAGCACCUCGUGUUGCACACAAACGUCAGCCAGCAGCAUCACUCAAUAAUGUUGCCACAUCAUCAAAUGGUCGUGUGCAAUUGGAAAUAUUGUCACAACCUGAACAACAACAUAGAGCAAGAUAUCAAACAGAAGGAAGCCGGGGUGCUGUGAAAGAUCGCAGUGGAAAUGGUUUUCCAAUUGUUCGAAUGGUUGGCUAUAAUAAACCAGCAUUGUUGCAAGUAUUUAUUGGAACAGAUAUUGGUCGUGUAGCGCCACAUAUGUUUUAUCAAGCAUGCAAGGUAGCCGGGAAGAACUCAACACAGUGCAAUGAGAAGAAAGUCGAUGGUACUAUGAUAAUUGAAAUUGAUUUUAAGCCAGAAUCGGAUAUGACGAUCACAUGUGAUUGUGUUGGAAUUCUAAAGGAACGCAAUGUCGAUGUAGAACAUCGUUUUCCCGAUCAUUUGGCUCAAAAAAGCAAAAAGAAAUCCACCCGCUGCCGUAUGGUAUUUCGCACACAAUUAACCCACGACGAUGGGACAGUAGAAACUCUACAAGUGUGUUCGAAUCCAAUUAUUUGCACCCAACCACCUGGAGUACCAGAGAUAUGUAAGAAAUCCCUAAAUUCUUGCCCAGUAGAUGGAGGUCUUGAAUUAUUUAUUAUUGGAAAGAAUUUCCUUAAAGACACACAUGUAUUAUUUCAAGAGACCCUCGAUGAUAUUAGAACUAAUGAAAUGGUUACAAUUGGUUCAUUAUGGGAGGAAUCAGUUUUACCCGAUAAAGAAUAUUUACAACAGACUCAUUUAAUUUGUACAGUACCACCGUACAUUCAUCAAAACAUCAUGAAACCAGUCACAGUACAACUGUGUAUUAUUUCCAGUGGAAAAAAGAGCGAAUCACACACCUUUACAUACACACCGAAAGGAUCUUAUACUACGCUCUCGGCUGCAACAACGUUAAGUACAUUGCAUGGUUCAAUGUCAGGACAAGAUACUCGUUACAUGGAUACAAAUGUUGUACAGGCAUGCUCGUCGAACGCACCUGGCAAUGCUGGCGUCGUGCAACAAAUGUGGACUGAAACAAAGCAUGAAAUCGAUGCUGAUAUGAUGCCACCACCGGCAAGCACACAAAUACCAAUGAUGGUCCGCCGCCCAUCGUUAACCAAUGCUAUGAUCACCGAUCAAAUGGUGAUCGGUGGAUUAAAGACUGAAAUUCUGGAUGAGAACUCACAGAAUUCCAUUGCGGAUGUUAUGCAAUCCGAAUCAUUGGAUCGUUUUCCUGUCGUACAGGGUGACAAUGGUCUGUUGGUGGAGCAGAAUCCACUGAUAAUGCAUAAUCAGCGCAUGCGCAAGCAAAGCAUUGACAUGCUGGACAUGCAAUCGAUGUCCUUGCUAAACGAAAGCAACAGUUUGCCCAGUUUUCCAUCACAUCAUAGUGAUAUGAAUGCAAUGGCAGCUGCGGCUGCAGUUGAGAUCGCAGUAAAAAAUGAACAAAUUGCCAAGGAAAUUCUCACUGCGGCCGUGGUACAUCAGGGACAGCAGACAGUUGAUAAAUUUUUGUCCAGCCUUAGUCCUGGAAUAGCUGAUUUGAAAACAUCACCGCAAAUGGAACAAAAUUCUAUGUUUGUCACUAACCCGGCUACAGGGGCAGGAGUAAUAUUUCCCCAACAGACCGCCAGUAACCUGGUUAUGGCUACAAAUGCCGUUAACAGUAUCGAUCAAACCUUAAAUAACAUGUUGGCAGCGGCCAGCCACUCUCCAUCGAAUGAUAUGCAAUCGUUGUCGUUGGUUCGUAGCUCGUCGGUGUCGAGUACAUCGUCUUCUUCAUCUUCUUCAUCCUCAUCAUCGCCCAAUAGCUCGCCAAUGACACAUGACAUCAUUUUAAAUUCAGAGCCAGCCGCUGUCAUCACCUCCGUGAAUAUGCAACAGAUGUUGGGUGGCGGCCCCGAUACAGCCGCCCCACCCACAGAUCAUAUCCCAACCGAGAUGAUUCUCAAUUCAAAUAUCUCACCGUCAACUAUUCUUUGCCCACCGAACUCAGUGCCCAAUUUAUUAGUAAAUCAAGUCUCACUUCUCAAUGGAAUCGGGAUGCAACCUCAGUCAUCGCAGGAUUCCCUCUUAAGCACCAUCAUUAUGACACCACCAUCAAAUUCACCGCCAAUUCAGCAACAAACAUCACCCCAACCGCAGCAACAACAAUCGCCGCCACGACAGGUUCCUGUUGUUAAUCCACAAGCAGAUCCUCAAGUAACUGCAACCUCGACAGCAGUGAGUAACAUGAUCAUUAAGGCGGCAGCUGAUUUCAUAUCAAAUCAUGAAAAUAAUCCAGAGUCUACAAUUGAUGCUCUAAUGAGCCUUAACGAUACUCCCAUACAAACUCAAUCGCAGGUAUCUCAAAUGCUUGGCGGUACAACAGUUACCACGAAUACAAUUAUUCCCAAUACCCAGCCGGGAUUGUGUUCGACGGCACAAUUUCUUGCCAAUAGUAGACAUCAUCAAAUGUUGGAAAGCCGACAGCAAGAGACUGUUCCAUUGGUGAAUAUGCUUCUUAAUCAUGACGUGCAGAAUGUUACUGCAACAGAUGCAGCACAGACACAAUAUUUACAGAGUUUGCAAAAAUCUAAUCAAAUGGCUAUGAGCGUUUCACCACAAACAAAUCAGGAAUCUCUCAUUCAAGCAGUAGCACUAGCAGAGAAUGCUCUUCAAAAAAAUAAUGUGGCAGUGGCCCAAAAACAAUUGAAUGGUUUGUUGCCGAAUGUUUCGCUGACGGUACCUCAAACCACAGUACCAAUUCCUGCAACUACAACGGCAAUUCCUCAAGAGUUGACAACAAUGUCAGAUCAAGAUCUGAUAAGUUACAUCAACCCAAGCACCUUUGAUCAGAUCUGAAGAGUCCACUGUUAAACAGAAAUUGGUUUUUAGCAAAUUUAAGUCAUUAUAACAAUUGACCAAAACACCAGAGAAUACAAAAAAAAAAAAUAUUACUACAGGAGCAGCCCACUUUGGAAAGAGCACAUUCUUUUGGGCUCUCACUUUUUCUAUAAAUAAUAAAUUAACGCUCGGAAUAAAUCAAUAUUAAAUUACUCAAAUCGUAAUUAAUGUAUAAGCAAAUAAAACUACAUGGGAACCUAUUUAUUGUUGAGUAAAAUAAAACAAAAAAAAAAGAAAAUUAACCAUCCACCAAGCUUAGAAGAAGAAAAAACAAUUCAAUACAAGUAUUUCUUUUUGUUUAUAUUACAAUAAAUUAAAAUCCUAUACAAAAAUACAAUUAUUAUGCAACUGUAAACAAAAGAUCUGAUAUUCCUUUUUGAGAGUUUUAUUUUUUAACUUUUGUUUUAUUUUUUUUUUAUUAACAAAUUGAACUAAGAAAAGUAAAUCAAUGACUGCCAUAUUAAAAUUUUAAAAAGAAAAGAAACUUAUCACAAAAUAUUUAUUAUUACAUAAUAAACAAAAAAUAUAAAAAGAAACAAAUAUAUUUUAUAAAAUAUACAUUUUCAAGUGUAAUAAAAUUUAUUAAACAGAAAAAAAAAACUGAAAAAAUUAGUCAUUUAAAAAAGAUUUACACGAAAAAGUGUCUUAUAUUAAAAAAAAAAAAAAUACAUAUAUUUAUAACUAGAAAAACAAAAAAAUAUAAAUGUUAAAUGUUUAUAAAUAUUGAAAAAAAAACUGGGCUACGCACACAACAAAUUAGAAUUAAUAAUUGGUUAAUAAAAUCAAUCCAAAUUGAGAGUUUUUUUUUAACAUUAGAUUUUUAUUUAUGUUCAUAUUCCACCUCAUUUGUCGGUAAUUUAUAUAUUUUUUUCCUUUAUUUUUGAAAAACAAGUCUGAUUUUUAUUAAAUUUUUUUGUUCGCUUAAUUAUUAUUUUCUUGUUAUUUCCUUAAGUAAGUUUUUUUUUAUUAUAAAAAAAUAAAAAAAUAUUGUUUCCUUAAAUUAUAAGUUUCUUUUUUAUGUCAAGCAGCUGAAAAUAUAUAAAUACAAAAAAAAAAAAACUGAUUGAAAAAGACUUUUGAAUAUAAUUUUUUCCUGAGUUUUAUCGAGAUAAAUUACAAACUAAAAAUUAAAACAAAAAUUUUAAGCUAAAAUGCAUCAUAAUGCCGUUUAAAAUUAAUUUGAAAAUAUUUUUACACUUUUCUAGUUUUAAGAAAAUCAAAAAAUCAUUAUUUUUCAUUUUUAUUAUUCAUUUACUUUUUUAAAUAAAUAAAAAUAUAUUGUGACUGGUAAAACAAAGUCCCAUCUGGAAUAUUAUUCCCAAAAUCCCAUUUUAAAUGAAAAAAAAAAAAAACAUUUAUUAGGUCUACGUGAUCAAUUAUUGUAAAAUUAGGAUAAUUGCUAUUAUACAAAAAUAAACAUACAAAACAAAAUUUUAAAACUGUUAUAACGUCAUACACUAAGAUUGUAGGAAAACAUUUUUGAAAAAAAAAAUUAAGAUUACAUAAAUAAAAGAAAAAUAUAUUUUAAUGUUAUCAGUUGUUGUAAUUUAUAUAAACUCAUAUUUUAAUGUUAGAAAAGAAAAAAAGAAUAAAAAAUCAUACACAUACAAUACGUAA